UCAGGAGGCACCGCAUGUCUUAGUAUUCAGUGUCGUUUUCCAGCGGUAGCAUCAACGGUGAGCGACAAUGCAAGAAACUAGCGACAUGAGCCAUCAUACACAACAUAACAAAAAUGCCACUUUCCUUCGAACAAUCAGCAACGAUAAUUGGUCCGUUCCGUUCUGCAACUGCGAGUAUCCCAACGAAACUAGAUGGAAGUACCCUGGCAAGAAAAUGAUGCCAUGCAAAUGCGGAGAGGAUACGUCGAGCCGACUCGAUUGGUCCUGGGACAAAGAGCUAGCGGUAGAAACCUCGGUGCUGGGAACGGAAGUCAUAUUUCACCCAGUGUACAGCCAAGGCACUACCAUAGUGCGUGCCAAUCAACCGUUACACAUUGGGCGACAUCAUUACUGGGAACUGAAAAUACUGUCACCACUAUCGGGCACAGAUAUCAUGUUUGGCAUUGGAACUGAUAAGGUGGAUUUACUGAGACAUCAGUUCACCUUUACCAGCGUGCUCGGUAUCGAUGACCAAUCAUGGGGUUACUCCUAUCGAGGUUUAGCCCAGCACAACGGUCAGUUGAAGUAUUACGGGAAAAAGUUUAGCCGGGGACGCAUCAUAGGCAUUUACGUGGACAUGUUUCGCGGUACCUUGGAAUACUAUCUAAACCGACGUUCGCUCGGGCGUGCGUAUUCCGACAUUCCCAGAGAAGAAGGUGUAACAAUCUAUCCGAUGGUUUCGUCCACGUCCGCUAAAUCGUCCGUUAAGCUUAUAAAUGCCGCUUCGUUCGAAGAUAAUCUUAAGUUUAAUUGCAUGAAGGUGAUCUGUAAGUAUCCGAAACUUCUCGCCCAAGUCAAUGCCAUACCAGGACUUAGGCAAAUCUCGCAAGAACUAUGGUUCUUGCAGCUUAGGGAACCCAGCCGAUCGGAGGAUUUUGCACUUAACAAUUCACAUCUAGCUGACGAAGCAGUGCUGUGCGGGAAAAAAAUUAAACUAUCAGCCCGCAGUGCAGCUGACAGUGGGGCCGCCGCUAAAACGUUGGAAAUCAAUUCUGAAGCACAAAUUUAUGAUAACUUGAUGAAUUAUGAGAAUCUUAAUGAUGCAACGGAUCAUUCCUCGAGCGUGCGCAAAAAUCGUGGUAGAUCAACCGACUCAAACAGUGAGGAUGAUGAUGACCUGCCUGUGAUGAUAGAAAACCAAAUUUUUUAACAGAUUAUUACUGCAACUAACA